AUUCUCAGGCUAAAACCCAUAGCAUAGAGAGGCCUGCGGAGGAACGGGUAUCACGCUGGGCCAUUGAAAAUACGAGGACAGUAUUAAACAUGGGACAAAAAUAAUGCUUGUUUUUAAUUUUUAAUGAAGUUUGUCUAUCUUUACUUUAUCUAAAAACUCAGAAUGAUUUGGCGGAGAAAGCGGCUUGUUUAUCUCUUGCUCUUAAUGAUUUGGUUUAUUUCUGUAAUGUAUUUUAUGGAUGGUUUUCGGAAGACAGCUAAUCUCAGUGGUCUAGGGGUAUGGUUUGAAUUUUUGAGAAUAUUUUAUUUAGUUUUGUGUAAACAAUUUCAUUGAACAAUGUUGUUUCUAAUUUUUCUGUAUAUUAGACAUGUUGAUUUAAAUUAAAAACUGAAAAUAAGUGUUAUUAUUUUGAAAUAUGUUUACCUAAAAUGUAUCGAUAUUUAUAAUUUAUUUAGAUAAUACAACAAGCAUAAAAAUUUGAAAGUGUUACAAAUGCACAAACAUAUUUUCAUAAUGUCAACAUAUCUUAAACAUCUAUACCUGUUUAAUCAAGAUAGUUCAAGUACAUUGAAUAAUUACUUUAUACAGUUGCAAAAUAUUGGGAGGGGGGAAGGGGGGUAGGUUGCCACUAUAUUACCACCCUAAUUUCACUUCUUUGCCAUAGCUUUCUUUGUUGGAAAAUUAUUACAGCUUUAUUACACAAUAAAUCAGAUGCCAUUCAAAGGCUUUUGGAAAUUAUUGGGGUGGUGCCUCUCCCCCCAGUAUUCUUCACUGCUUACUAGCAUUGCAGUGUGUGUUAAUGCUCCCAACGUUUAGAUAUUUUGCUCUGUCUAAUGCUGGACAGUUUUACCAAGUAUCUGCCAAAGUGAAACUGUUGGCCAGUAAUGGGUGAAUAAUGAUUUCACCCAUGUACCCUGAUACACCCUACUUUAUUAUUUUACUCUGUCUAACACCAGAUGAUUUUAUUCAUCAAAGGAGGAAUGCUGCCACUGAAUGGGUUAACUAUCAUAAUAUAGAAUACCUAAUGCCAGAGAACUUUGCUUGUCAUUGGGGGAAGUGAUGCCAGCUUCACUCUAGGGGAAACUGCUCAGUUCAUGAAAAUAUUUUGUUUACUUUUUAGUCUCAAAGCAAUAUAAAAAUCAGUGUAAAGAAUAUAAAUUUUGAUGAAAAAGAAUAUAUUAAUGGGAAAAAAAUCCAUCAAGAUGUGUUUGAAGAAAAUGGUUUCAAUCGUAAAGCAAGCGAUGAACUUUCUAGUGAUAGAUCCAUUCCAGACACAAGACAUGCAAGGUAUUUAUGAUAAACAGAAUUGGGUGCGCACCAGUGUUGUGAUGAGCUACAGCUACAGAGUACUUUAAGUACUGCAAAGUAAUGUGCACAAGUAGUUUAAAUUUAUUAAUUGAUGAUCAGCUAUGUCAGAGCUUAGGUCAAGUUAUUGCAUAUAUUAUCACGACACGGCAAACUGAAUAGGAAAAUCUUAGGACAUUGCAAAUUUAGUUCUAGUGUACUUCAACUUAUAAGAGCAUUCAGUUUGUCUGAGGUUGUACGAAGUGUUCUCAAAACAGUAAAUUCGAAUGCUUUUCGUUUAAAUUUCUUUACAUAUGCUAUAAUUGAAUUUGUGUGUGAACACAUGUAAAUUCUGCCACCAUUAUUUCGCUCCAGUGUAGACUGAAUGUAGUCCAAAGUUCAUCAGUCUUUCCACAUGUAAAUUAACAGUAAUGGGGUAUAGUUAUAUGUUAAACUAGAGUCUUUCCACAUGUAAAUUAAUAGUAAUUAUGUGCAUGGGGUAGUUAUAUGUUAAACUAGAGGGCACUCGAAAACUGCACACCUUCCGCCAGCAAAUUAAGUUAUGCAUGUGGCAAUUAUAUGCAUUCUGUUUACUCCGCCCGGCAAAGCAAGACUGACAAACUUUUGCUGAUUUCGCAUCCAAUUCUCAUCUAUAUUCAACCAAAAUUUUAUCAAUUUGUUCUUAGGUAACGUCCAUUACUCCCACAAGUUUCUGUAGUAAUAUGUUUGAAAUUUUCAAGCAGAAAGAUAUUGCAUUGCGCGCGGUCUGGAAAUUAUGAAAUAUACACUCGAGAACAUUUUCAAUAUAUAUAUAUUAUAUAUAUUUAUAUAUAUAUAUAUAUAUAAUUAAUUAAAGUUCUCCAGAUUGAAAUAUACUUUUUUCAUACUUAUAAAAAAAGUAUAAAAUAAAAAAAAUAAAUAAAAAUACAAAAAAAAAAAUAUAUAAAUAAACUUACUUACUUACUUACUUGCUUAUAAAUAUACUUUUUUUAUACUUUUUUUUUUACUUUUUUUUUUUUUACUUUAAUGUAUAUAUAUAUAUAUAUAUAUAUAUUGUAUAUAUAUAUACUGUAUAACAAACUGUAUCGCAAACUUGCUCGUUCUCCUACAUUCUACUGACCUACAGGAAAAAUUCAAGAAACUUCGAGCUAAAGUAGUCAAGUUGAACAACUUUUACGAGAAAGUCGUGAACAGUACUUGAGCAGUCUGGAGAACAGUUUGUACUUAAGCCCGAAAUGUUUUUGGAAUCUGUUUUAUUAAAUUAAAAUCUUAAACUAGCAGUAUCCAGUAAGCUGUAUCCUGGUCAACUAAAAACCACGACAAAGUGGCCAAAAUCCCCAAGACUAUCGCUAAUAUAUUCAAUAGUUAAUACUUCGCUUCAAUGUUCACUAAAGAACAAGAUUUCAUUCAGGUCAUUACUACUCGACUACAGCGACAACCAAUGAUAUACUUUUAGAAUCGGGCUUAAAUGAACUAAUACUGUCUGAAUGCGAAGUUCUUGCCACUCUUAAAUCUCUCGAUCAAAAUAAAGCUUCGGAGCCAGAGGGAAUCUCUGAACGAGUUCUGAAGACAACUGCUUGUGUAAUUGCUCCAUCAAUUAUACCCUCCUGUUCAAUGAAUAUCUACGGGUCGGCGUCGUUCCAGACGAGUGAGAAGAAGCCAACGUUGCAACAGUAUUUAAAAAAGGAGACGAAGAGGACGGGUAGAAAAUUACAGAUCAAUCUCCUUCUUAUGCAUUGUCUCAAAGUUGUUGGAACGUUGCAUAUUAAUCCGCAUCAGAGUUCAUGUGCGAAAUAUCGUUAACGUUGUCAAUUAGUCAAUAUAGCUUUGCGUAAUCAUGCAAUACACAACCAGAGGCACGAUUGGAAAGCAUCUGGAUCAAGGAGAGCAGACAGACAUCGUUUACCUUGACAUGUCUAAGGCAUUCAACAGGGUAAACCAUUCCAAGUUGAUUGAUGCGUAGUUUUGGAUUCAAUAACAGCCUGCUUUCUUGGUUCCAGUCGUACCGUCAACAACAGGUUACAGUGCUUGGAUCAACGCCUGUGACUUCUGGUGUACUAAAAGGAUCGAUCUCAGGACCGAUUAUUUUCCUAAUUUACGUCAAUGAUCUACCAGACGUCGUAACUUCAUCAUCAGUAGCUGCCACACCAACUGUUCAAGGAUAUAUCCAACAUAACAGACAACUCACUUCAACAACAGGACUUAAACAAUGUCGAAGCCUGGUCUUCUUCUGAUAUGUAAUUCAACGAGAGAAUAUGCAAGGUUCAAACCAUAUCAAGAAAAUCGUGACUUCAUAUUUCAUAGGCAAAACACUACUCAGCUCGAGCAUUUCAACCACGAAUUAAGAGACCAGCCGCGAAAGCCAACAAGAUCCUUGGUUAUGUGAAAAGAACGACUAAAUUUGUAAAAGCAAUCUCCACUAGACGUUGUGCAUACAGCCAAGAUUUACGAUGGAGAGCGUUCCCAUUGCACUUUUCGCGCUUAGAGUUUAAGGUUUAAGGAAUUGAUUAAUGAAAAACAGAAAAGCAGUUAUUAAAAUACAUGAAUCAGUAGUUAGAAUAUUAUACAAUUACUUUAUGGUUUCCGUGUUUGGAUGGCCUGAUCCAAACACGCGGGAAUGUUGCGAGAGUUAAGAAAAGCGCCGCAAAGCACGAGCCGAAGGCGAGUGAUUUUGCACGCUUUUCUUAACUCGAGCAACAUUCCCAAGUGUUUGGAUCAGGCCAUCCUAACAGGGAAACCAUAAAGUAAUUGUUUUAUAAAAUAACAACAACACGAUAGUCUUCCGUGUUUGGAUGGCCUGAUCCAAACACGGGUUUCGACCAAUCAGAGCACGCGUUAUAUACAUGUUAUUUUAUAAAUGUAAUUUUAAAAUAUUCUCACAAUAGGUACCUGUUCAACAUAGCAUUGCCAUUUUGCGUAAAGUAGAACUGUACGCUUAACUUUUGAACUACAGCAUGAACAACUAGAUCCAUAAUGACCGAUGCAUUAUACUUCAUUUUAUCGCCAUGCAAAGUUUAAAGCCUUCGCACGUUUUUGUUGCACUCGCAGACUUGUUUAUCGCAAAACUAUAAGCAAAUCCGCUGGAGGUAGGCUGUAAUGUAAUGUAAUACAGCUUAUUCUUAAAAUAAAGAUAUGUAAGUGAAGCACAAGACUACACCAACACACCCUUUCGAUAAUUACGUAUCUAAUAAUGAUUUUUGGUCUUGGAGCGUCGCUCUCAUUAGUAAAUUAUGCAAGGUGAUUGGCUCAUGAUUCAUGAGAGCGAGGCUCCCGGGCCAAAUGACGUAAUUAUCGAAAGGGUGUAUUGGUGCCUAUCGCACUGCGAUUGCGUGGACAGAAAUACAGCCUAAUAGAGCCUAUGCUUUAGUGGGGGAGGUUGAUUGACGGGGGGGAGGGGCUUCUGAGGUUGCGUUACGCCAGUGGGCUGUUCAUAUGAGCCGUGACAGCUCGGCUAGCAGGGAUGAAUCGAGUCACAAUUCGUUUGAAUGAACUUUCUACUCUACUGCAACUAAACUAAUAGACCUUAUGCAUAAUGACGUCACAGGGCUUGAUGCCCGCGAGGAAUGCUGGUCUUAGUAGUCAUCGCCUGGGAAAGUUAAACAAUUCAAAAUGGCCUCUAUCGAAAUUUUCCCAGCCGAUAACUAGUAAGAUCAGCAUUCCUCGCGGGCAUCAAGCCUUGUGACGUCAUUAUGCAUAAGGUCUAUUCAAUUUUGAAAUGCCAUUUUGGAUGUUGAUCAAAGCCUCGAUAAGAGCUUUGUUGAACGAAUCAUCUCGGUUAACCGGGGCAGCCUGGCUCCAUAGGAACUGCAGGCCCUUAGGCUUAGAUUCACGACAGAGCGAAUAUAAUUCCCAUUCGUUUUUAAUAUACUAUUAGCUCAAAUCAACAAAAGCAAAAAUAGGAAGAACAAGAACUUAUAGAUGUUCACUUUAAUAAUAAUCGCUAUCGUAGUACGUAAUAAUAGAACAUUACCGCCUUGCCCCUAAAAUAUUACAAAUAAAGUUACGAAAACACAAGACUACGAAAAAAUACAUGACCAACUAAAUUGGGAGCUUCGUUGUACAAAAUAUAGCACUACUGGCAAAAGUGGAAAAAAUAGCGAACAACGGAGCCUAAAAAAAUUUGCCAAUAAGGAAAAAGUGAGCGAAAAUCCGAAAAGAGGCGAAUAGAAUCAACAACUGAAGAUUAAAUUAUGUCAAUGUUUCCUUGUUUGUCCACUGUCGAAAAAUUUCCUCUCUGGCAAAACUGUUUUCCAUCAAAUCAAGAAGAAAACCAUCUAUGGCAAUUGUCAUAGCCAGUAUUAGUUAUAAUCGACCAAUUUAUUCAGAUGAAAAAACUCAACAGCCAAAUGAUUCCUGGUUUGUUCUCCAUCGGGAAACAAUAGCAAGAAAAGGAAGAUUUCUGCAACAAUACGAGAAUCUGUUUCGGUGUACACGCGAAACUUUAAACUCGAUGUUUGGUGUGAGGAGGGACAGUCGAGUGAUAGAUCAGGUGUUGUUAAAAUAAUUUUGACAGAUUUGGUAACUUAUAAGGGUUGCAAUAUCAUUGUCAGUUUCUGAAGCUGGUUUGACGCGAUUUUUCUUCUCCUGGCGAAUGUGAUGGAAUGAAUGAGAUGUAAAAGACUUAGAAUUGUUUACUUCUGAAAAGCGACUCUGUACUUUUGUGUGCGAGUUCACUCAUUUGCAUCCGUCAGAAAGACAAAGACCGACAAAAUUGUGAACCAGGCUUAAAGAUCGAUACAUGUAGUAUUUCUUUUCAAAUACAUUUACUUCCAUUGGCAGAAACCUUUUUCAGCGGACACAUAUUCUAGAUCCCAAUACAAUUACCCUAGCCGCUACUUAAUCGCCAUAAUUAUAAUAAUAAUAUAAUAAGAAACAAACCAACUAUUACAAAGAUAUAUCCUACAAACAAAUUAAAGGCACAGUUCAGCCUGUUGAACGAUGGUUUUUAAGGCGCAUUUCAGCCCUUUUAAUUGAAAAAACUAACUAGGAAAAUCAAUUAAGCAUAAUUCAAGAUCACCAAACUUAAUGUUUUUAACAUUUUAAAACCUUUAUAUUGUUAAAAACAUCGAGUUUACUGAUUUUGAAUUAUGCUUAAUUGAUUUUCCUAGUUAGUUUUUUCAAUUAAAAGGGCUGAAAUGCGCCUUAAAAACCAUCGUUCAACAGGCUGAACUGUGCCUUUAAAGUCUCAAAUUACGUUGUAGUCGUGACGCAUGCGUAGUGUUGUAAGGUGUGCCCCUUCGAUCUGUGGCUUUUGUUUGUACUAGAAUCCCAACAGCAUAGAUCCCAAUACAAUUACCCUAGCCGCUACUUAAUCGCCAUAAUUAUAAUAAUAAUAAUAUAAUAAGAAACAAACCAACUAUUACAAAGAUAUAUCCUACAAACAAAUUAAAGUCUCAAAUUACGUUGUAGUCGUGACGCAUGCGUAGUGUUGUAGGAGUGCCCCUUCGAUCUGUGGCUUUUGUUUGUACUAGAAUCCCAACAGCAUCAAGGCAGGAGCUGUUAUGAGGAGGAUGAUGGUAUUAUACUACGUUUCGUCAGCGUUCAAUUAGGGUUAUUUGUCAUAUUAUUUUUUGUCUCUAAAUCAUCGUUUAUAUCUCAGCAACACCCACCACCGCCCUGUUUCACUGGCGUACUUGUUAUUUUCACGUUACUGUUCUGACCUGUUACCGACGCUGCAGGCGGAGCCAUUCUGUUCUUUAUUUCUGCUGCCAUCGUCAUGAAAGCUUCUUCGACAUUUGUAGCGUUUUUUGCGCUAGUCUCGAGGAAUGGUACGGCUAGCUGGUCUGCAAAUUCCUGCAGAAAAGAAAACAUGCUUGUGGUGUCUUGAAUAUUAAUGAGACUCCCAUUUUUCCAAGUUAAAUGCAAGAAAUUGUUAGGAAACAAAAACCGGCUCAUGCAUACAUUUUUAGUCGUAUUUCUCUUAGCAAUUAAAGCCCCCGCCAUGCUUAGUAGAUCAGAUGAAUAUUUAUGCCCUCCAUCUUCCCCUGACAAUAUUCUGUUGUGAAUUCUGUAGCUGUUCAAGUGUGAAGUAUCUCAAUGACUUACCAACAACCAGCAUCAUUAUAACCUUCUAUAAUGAAGCACGAUCCACCUUGUUAAGAACUGUAAAAAGGUACUCAUUUUACAACAACAGCAUUUUUCUACCUUUGUAAUUAAACAUUCUCUUAAUUAAUGGUGUUUCAUUUUUCACAGUAUUCUGAAUAGAAGUCCAGGAAAGUUGAUCAGAGAAAUUAUACUUAUUGAUGACUUUAGUGAUGACCGUAAGUUUCAGGAAAAUGUGUAUUCGUUUCUUCAUUUGUGGCUUAUAAAUUAUGUAAAUAUAAAUGUAACUUAUAUAUUAGUUGUAAAGACGUAAUAGUAGUAAGUAUUAUAAUUAUUGAAUAAUAAUUGUGAGUUUGAAACAUUUCAUUUCUAGCCAAUGAUGGUUCAAUGUUGUUGUCUCUUCCUAAAGUUCGCUUGCUCCGCAAUGAGAAAAGAGAAGGUAUAGACAGUCGUUGUACAUGUGCUGUAUAGCUACAUGCACUAACGACAGAGCUUCAUUUAAGAUAAAUUGUGUAUUCAUUAACCAUUGUCAGUGCCACCCAUAAACAUGUAAUCAAGUACCUGGGUACUGUCUUCCCUCGUUAAAUGAUCUAGACAUUUAAGACAAUGUGAAAAGCGACUUUUCAAAGUUGUAAAAUGUAAAUUUAGCAUUAUAUACAUUACACAAUCGCAUUUCGCAGUGUCUCAGACUUGGUAGAAGCAAUACAUCAAAAAUGGUGGAUAAAUUGAGGGCGAGAAAGGCUAGCCUCAAAACAGACCUACGUUUCGACCACCCUAAAAUUCGCGGGGCGACGGAAGGGUGAAACGUAGGUCUGUUUUCAGGCUAAUUAGCUAUAUUUAUUUUGUCAGGUCUAAUUCGGUCACGUGUCCGCGGUGCUGACGCAGCCACUGGUCGUGUAUUGACGUUCUUGGACAGUCAUUGUGAAUGCAAUGUUGGCUGGCUUCAACCUUUACUCCAGAGAGUUGUAGAGGUAAACACAUCUUCCUGGCAAAUAUGAAAUGCUUAUUUCUAAUGAAGUAGUUAUAGCUCUUUAUAUUUUGUAGAAUCCUUCACGUGUUGUUUGUCCUAUCAUUGAUGUAAUUAGUAUGCAAAAUUUUAAAUAUAUUGGGGCUUCAGCUGAUAUCAGAGGAGGUAAAGUGUUUGUUGUCAACUACUCAUUCAGAGCACUGAUAACAUUGGAUUCAAUUCCUUAUUGAGAAUUAACUUACACUAAGGAAGUGAUUGAACUUUGUUUUAAGGGUUUGAUUGGAGCUUGCAUUUUAAGUGGGAUGAACUGACUCCUCAACAAAAAAUUGAAAGAAGAAAUGCACCUAUAUUUCCAAUCAAGUAAGCUCUUUGAUUUCAUCCUGGUAGAUGAACGUGACGUUUUCUUCCACACACAUAAUUUAUGUUUGUGAAGUGGUGUUCACCCAGUCUGAUAAAGUUGUGUUUUCUCUCGCUAGAACUCCCAUAAUUGCUGGAGGAUUAUUUGUGAUUGAUAAAGAUUUCUUUGCAAAGAUAGGAAAAUAUGAUACGAUGAUGGAUAUAUGGGGUGGUGAAAACUUCGGUAAGACUCCAGUAUCUGCACAACAAACGCUCCAUAUAAACAUGGUUACAUGUCACGUGUCAACCACGUGCAUGUAGGAAACCUGAAGAGUUUUCUUGAUUGUUUUAGAAAUGUCUUUCCGAACGUGGAUGUGUCAUGGGAGCAUGGAGAUCAUUCCUUGUUCACGUGUUGGUCACGUUUUCCGUAAGAAACACCCAUAUUCGUUCCCUAAUGGAAACUCAAAUACUUAUAUACGGUAAGCUAACGUUUAAUUUAUUAGAUUCGCCAGAUAGUCUUAACAGUUAUUACAAAGUAAUGAUUUAACCAAUUAACUAAAUAGACUAUAUGGCAGGGUAUUCGCAACAGCGAUUAGCCAAUUACUUCCUGCCGUCACGUCAUUUAUUCAUAUUUGAUGCAGCAUUUCAAAUUCCUAGAAACACACGACGGACUGCCGAAGUCUGGAUGGACGAUUACAAGAAAUAUUUCUUUGCCGCAAGACAUGGUUCAAAAAAUAAACUUUAUGGCAAGUAAGUGUUCAAAAUUCAAAACUAUAAUUAGUAUAAACCUCAUGACAAGUAUGUGAAAUGAAAUAUGUUAGGAUAUUUUUCGCUCUAAUUUUUAUUCUUCUGAAUAUAGUAUAAAAUCUCGUGUUGAAUUACGUAAAAAUUUGAAAUGCGAGUCCUUCAAGUGGUAUCUAGAGAAUGUUUAUCCUGAACUGCAGUAAGUAUAAACUACAGAUGCUGUAUACAUGUGUUCCGUGAUCUCUGUACCAUGUGUUUUAAAACCUCCCGCGUUUUUGUCUUUGCAGAGUUCCAGACCAGGAUGACGUGGCGUUCGGCGAAUUAAGACAGGGUGACCUGUGUGUCGAUACUAUGGGUCGUCUCAGUGGUGGCUCGGUUAGAACUAAUAAAUGUCAUGGAAGUGGGGGAAAUCAGGUUGGUAAUCAAGGAGAUUUUCUCCCAUCGUCUUUGUAUAAAUCAGUCUAGGUAAAAUAGUAAAGCCUACCCUAGUAGUGCGAGCAAUGAGUGUAUAAAUCAGUAGGUAAAAUCGAUAUUAAAGCGUACUUUAGUAGUGCGAGCAAUCAGGUUCGUAAUCGUUUUUGAAACAGGAGGUUUUUGUCUGUAUACCAUAUUGUCUUGUUUUACCCGUAGGAAUGGUCUUUAACUCGAAACAACAAAGUGAAACAUCGUGAUCUCUGUCUUACAUUACAAGAGAAAUCUGCUGGUCAGAUCGUUAAACUUGAAGGUUGUAGGAAGGAUUCUGCUCAGGUACAACCACGUGAUCUUUUUAUAAAAAAGCUACCAACACCGCGUGAGUUAACCAUCUGUAGCUUCACUAAACUACCAACAGCAUGUGGGUUAACCAUCUGUAGCUUCACUAAACUACCAACAGCAUGUGAGUUAACCAUCUAUAGCUUCACCAAACUACCAACAGCAUGUGAGUUAACCAUCUGUAGCUUCACCAAACUACCAACAGCGCGUGAGUUAACCAUCUGUAGCUUCACCAAACUACCAACAGCAUGUGAGUUAACCAUCUGUAGCUUCACCAAACUACCAACAGCAUGUGGGUUAACCAUCUGUAGCUUCACCAAACUACCAACAGCAUGUGAGUUAACCAUCUGUAGCUUCACCAAACUACCAACAGCAUGUGGGUUAACCACCUGCAGCUUCACCAAACUACCAACAGCAUGUGGGUUAACCAUCUAUAGCUUCACUAAACUACCAACAGCAUGUGGGUUAACCAUCUGUAGCUUCACCAAGCUACCAACAGCAUGUGAGUUCACCAUCUGUAGCUUCACUAAACUACCAACAGGUGGGUUAACCAUCUAUAGCUUCACUAAACUACCAACAGCAUGUGGGUUAACCAUCUAUAGCUUCACCAAGCUACCAACAGGGCGUGAGUUAACCAUCUAUAGCUUCACUAAACUACCAACAGCAUGUGGGUUAACCACCUGUAGCUUCACCAAACUACCAACAGCAUGUGGGUUAACCAUCUAUAGCUUCACUAAACUACCAACAGCAUGUGAGUUAACCAUCUAUAGCUUCACUAAACUACCAACAGCGCGUGAGUUAACCAUCUGUAGCUUCACUAAACUACCAACAGCAUGUGAGUUAACCAUCUGUAGCUUCACUAAACUACCAACAGCGCGUGAGUUAACCAUCUGUAGCUUCACUAAACUACCAACAGCAUGCGAGUUAACCACCUGUAGCUUCACUAAACUACCAACAGCAUGUGAGUUAACCAUCUGUAGCUUCACCAAACUACCAACAGCAUGUGAGUUAACCAUCUAUAGCUUCACUAAACUACCAACAGCAUGUGAGUUAACCAUCUAUAGCUUCACUAAACUACCAACAGCAUGUGAGUUAACCAUCUGUAGCUUCACCAAGCUACCAACAGCAUGUGGGUUAACCACCUGUAGCUCAGCAU